AUGCUUUCCAAAGUAGCUGUUAUUUUCACGGUGGCGGUGGGACUGGCUUCGGCGCUUCCAAGUACUGUUUUGACAAGUCGUGGGGAGGGCAAUUGUAAACCUUUCAGUGGUAACUUUACCAUCAAUCAAUAUCAGCUAUACCCCGAGAACUCGGACUUUGAUCCUAGAUCGUGUCUUUUAUACAUCAGGUUCGUCUCGAUCCUGCUUAGCUCCUUGAGUUGCACGAUCAAGAGAAUAAGGAUAACUUACUGACCUUUGAAUCCCACAAAAAGCUCUCUCUACAAUGCUACCGUGGUCGUCUAUGAUCCGUACAGUGCCAAAGUAGUCGAUACCCUCGAAUUCCCGGGAAUCGCUAAUAACGCAGCUUUCCACUUGGCGGGGAUAGAAGUCGAUAAAAGAUCAGGACUUAUCAAUAUCAUGCCCAACACCGCCGCAGCAUUCGACACCAACGGUGCAGACGUCUCAGGAACCAACUACCUCAUCCAAUGGGAUCCAACUACAAGGCAAGUCGUCUACCAGGUCAACUUGACCGAGACGUCCCAGGGACAAUACGGAGGCUUCCAAGACAUCACCCAUGAUCCUCUCAGCAAUACCUACGUCGUCAGCACAUUCGGCUCCAGCAUCCUGAAAAUCUCCCCUGAUGGGAAGAAAUUCAUCCCGUGGUGGUUACCCCAACCCAUCAACUCUUCCAUUGUCGGAACCGAGGGACUAGCAGCCAACGAAUGGGUCCUCCUUUCCAACGACCGAGCCAGCGGACAGCUUUGGAGCUUCGACAUGCGAGCUGAGACAGGCGUCCAAGUCAAUGUCCCCAUCUCCCCUCCCACCGACCUGGGCUGGAGUGACGCCAUCUACCUGCCUCCCAAGUACCACGGCACUGUCCUUCUCGUGGCGCAGCAUCAGGAAGACUCAGCUGGCGUUGCGGUCCUGAGAUCGAGAGAUGGCUUGUGGAGGAGUGCGGAGUUCUUGGGUCAGGUCCCUUGGGCGCAGGGACUUGGGCCGUGGACGACGAGUACGACGUGGCCGGUUGCGACGGUGGAGAUUGCUGGGAGCUUGUAUGUUGAGUUGGAGAACUUUUUGGAUACGCCGCUCCCUGGGUCUGCGGCUGGGGAUAGAUCGGUGUUUCCUUGGAUUGAUAUUACGAGGGAGGUUGAGGCGCUUGUUGGGGCGUGA